AAUAAAAUUUGGUGAGGGUUGACGGGUACAGCUGAUUUUAUUUAGCCUCCCGUGGAAAGGUAGCAGCGUAUAAGGGAUAGCAUUGAGUUGCUGGAGGGUCUAUAUUCCCCUGUGAAACGUGGUGCUUUUCAGACAAAGUGCUAGAUCAAAACAUGAAAAAGUUUGUGAACCCUAUGAAAUUAUCUGAUUUUCUGCAUUAAUUGCUCAUAAAAUGCAGUUUAAUUUUAAUCUAAGUCACAAUAAUAGAUAAACAAAUCAGUCUAAACUAAUAGCACACAAACAAUUGUACUUUUCUUGUCAAUACUGAGUACACCAUUUAAACAAUCACAGUCUAGGUACACAAAAGUAAGUGAACCUCUGGGGUUCUAUAAAGAGGUAAGUGUUCCAAUCAAUGAAAUGAGAUCGGAGCUAUGGGUGUAGAGGUGCUCUACCCUCUAAAAUAGACACACAAAGUCAGGUUACUGACAGAUCCUGCUCUUCUCAAUAAAGAUCUGUUUAUGUGCACCAUGCCUCGAUCAAAACAACUUUCAGAAGAUCUUAGGGGGAUUGUAAAGAUGCAUCAAGCUGGAAAAGGCUACAAAAGCAUUUCUGAAGACCUGAGUGUUCAUCAGACCACAGUUAGAGAAAUUGUCUACAAAUGGAGGAAACUCAGUACUGUUGCUAGUCUCCCUAGGAGUGGUGUCCUACAAAGAUCACACCAAGAGCACAACAUGUAAAGCUUAAGGAGGCGAUAAAGAACCCAAGGUUACAGCAAAAGACAUGCAUAAAUCUCUAGAACUUGCUAAAGUCUCUGUUCAUGUGUCCUCUAGAAGAAAAACACUGAACAAGAACGGUGUUCAUGGAAAGACACCAUGGAGAAAACCACUGCUCUCUAAAAACAACAUUGCUGCUCAUCUCAAGUUUGUGGACAGAUGAGACAAAAGCUGAACUUUUUGGUAGAAAUGCACACCACUAUGUUUGGAGAAAAAAGGGCACUGCACACCAACAUCAAAACCUCAUCUCACCAGAGAAGCAUGAUGGAAGGAACAUCAUGGUUGUGGCUGCUUUUCUGCCUCAGAACAUGGGCAGCUUGCAUUUGUGGAGGGAACAAUGAAUUCCAAAUUGUAUCAAGACAUUUUACAGGAAAAUGGCAAGGUAAUGGUCCGUCACCUGAAACUUGAUGGAAGUUGGAUGAUGUGACAAAACAAUGAUCCGAAACACAAGAGUAAAUCAACAACAGAAUGGUUUAAAAACAAGAAAAUUUGUGUUUUGGAAUGGCCAAGUCAGAGUCCAGACCUUAACCCAAUUGAGAUGCUGAAGAGGGCUGUCCAUGCAGGUAUCUGAAAUAUUGAUGAACUGUAACAGUUUUGUAUGGAAGAAUGGUCUGAAAUUCCUUCCCAGCAUUAUGCAAGUCUGAUCAGCAGCUACAGGAAAUGUUUGGUGAAGGUUAUUGCUGCUAAAGGAAGUUCUACUAGUUAUUAAAUACAAGGGUACACAUACUUCUUCCAGCUGGACUGUGAAUGAUUAAAUAAUGUGUUCAAUAAAGACAUGAAAAGUACAAUUAUUGGUGUUAUUAGUUUAGGCAGAUUGUGUUUGUCUAUUAUUGUGACAGAUGUAGAUCAGACCCCAUUUUAUGAGUAAUUAAUGCAGAAAACCAGGUAACUGCAAAGGGCUCAGAAACUUUUUCUUGCAAUUGUAUAUAUAUUUCUUGAUUUCUCAAGAUACCCAAAGAAGAAUAUGGAGCUGAGUGGGACUAUAUCCAAAUUAACAUUUCUGCACAUUUAUCUGCUUCUUAUCAGAAUGCUGUUUCAAGAUUCAAGAUUUAAGGUAAUUUCCAAUACACAAGUGUAAAGGAAAUGAAAUAUUUGUUUCUCCAGAUCCAAUGCAGCACAAAAUGAAACAAGACUGGAACACGAUUAAUAAAAAAAAACUAUAACUUUGUAAGAUAGCUUUGACUGUAUGUCCAAAAAGUGACGCUGGGCACAGGAGUGUUUGUACAUAAGGUGAAGAACAGGAAAUGAUAAAGUAGUGAGUGGGAUCUUGCUGUGCCCAGACGGCUGGGUUUUCUACAACAGCUGCUGAACACUGACGUUCUUCCCUGACCCCGAUCGUCCCUGGGUUUACCCAGAAAAAAUGGGCUGAGUGGAGGAAAAUCUUUCAGCUAAUACAUUUAUGCUUCCUCAAAUCUGCGUGAGGUGGAGGGAGGCGGUGUGAUGUUAGUAACGGCCGAGUGUGUCCCCCUGUCCUAGUGACGGGCAAGACUCAUCUGGUAGGGGGCAGAUAUGAGUCUCUCUCAGGGGUAGCCGAGGUCCUGUGACAUAGCUGGUAAGGGCCAGAUGUGAGCCCAUUACAGCAUUGGGCGAAGUAGGGACAAAUCUAGUCGGAGGCAGAUGUGAGCCCAUAUCUCAGAGGAGGGGUCAAUUCUGCUCAGCAGGACAGAAGAAACAUGACAAAACGGACGGGCAAACUUAACCCGCCGUCACUCCCUCCGCACCCGGGUCACAGGCGACCGCACCCUUGCCACUGCGGUGCAGCCUCUGAGCGCGAUAGGUUGCGUGUGCGGGAGGAGCAGCGGCCGCUCUAGACGCACAGAAACGUCGCGGGGGCGGCGAGGGUGUGAGUGUGUGUGAGAGAGAAAAGCACUGGCAGCACACACACAGCAGCGGCUCCUAGCACCGACAAGAUGCUGAACCUGGAGCUCUUGCUCCUGGGUUACCUCCUGAUCUUGGGUUCGGCCGAGAGGGUCCCACGCCUGAAAUUCGCCCCCACAGAUCAGCCCCAGGUGAAGUUUGAAUCUCCGGCCAGGUCCUCGGUGGGAUAUCACGAUGAGAAGUCGGACACUCUAUACCUUGGAUCCACGGGACGUGUGUACCUCCUGCAGUUUACCGACGCCGAUGUCUCCCAGACUCCGAUCCCCCUGUCCCUGGAUGACAACGCCAGAAAGAACUGCCAGAGCAAAGGAUCAGCAAGUCAGGAACUCUGUGAGAACGUGGUCACUGUGAUUCAGAGGGUCAACCAAACAACAAUCAUCAUCUGCGGGACUUAUGCUGGAAGCCCCAAGUGCUGGUUUUUGCCCAACAACAGGACUCAGCUAGCAAGUGACAAAGAGGGGCGCCAGAUAGUGCAGGACGGGAGGGACAUCUCACCCUCAGUGCCAAGACAAUGUCCUAUCACCAUCGCAGUCGGUGAAGACCUGUACUCAGCCAUUAGCAGCACAAGCCAGAACAGUGGUUCCAUUCAGCGCAGUUAUGGACGGAUGAAACACCUUAAGUCUGAGGACAAAUGGUUCCAGAAUCCAACAUUUGUGGGAUCUGCUUGGAUUCAAAUGAAAGACAGGAGCAAGGAUGAGGUUUACUUCUUCUUCAGGGAGACCAAUGGCAGUAUUGCGUUAGAUGGAGAACCUUACAGGGCCUAUGUUGGACGUGUCUGUAAGAUUGACGAAGGUGGAUCGAAGACGGCUGGUCAAGACUCGUUUACCACGUUCUUGAAGGCACGACUCAUCUGUGGCUUUCCAGCAGAAUCCAGGCUCUUCAACAAGAUUGAAGACGCUUUUGUCCUGCAUGCGGAAGAUGAUCCAAGGAACAGCAUAGUCUACGGAGUCUUCUCCAGCUUGUGGAAUUCCACUGGUAUCUGUGCCUAUUCUCAGUCGGACAUAGAGCAGGCAUUCCGAAACCCAAAACUGAAGGGCUUCACCGGCAACCUACCUGGGGGCCAGCGGCCAGGAACGUGCAUCAAGGGGACCCCACCCAAAGUCAUUCAAGCCAUCAGAAGCUUUCCAGAAAUUGAGGAGCCUGUCUACCCAUUAUUGAAUCACCCACUCUACGUUAUGAAGCACAACAAUUACACUAGGAUUACAGCAGACAGAGUGAAGGGGGCCAACCAGGACGUCUAUCAUGUCCUAUUCCUUGGUACAGGUAAUGGGAAAAUCCAUAAAGUUCUACUCAACAGCGGGAAGUCCUUCAUCAUUUCAGAGCUUAGCCCCUUUACGACUGAAGCUCCCGUCUCCACCAUGACACUGGACUCGAGCAUGGGCCAUCUGUAUGUUGGAACACCAGUGGAGAUGGUGCGGCUCCCGCUCGCCAACUGUGCAGACUACGGCAGCACAUGUGUACAGUGUGUUGCUGCCAGGGACCCAUACUGCGGAUGGAACAGAACAAGUGGGGAGUGUGUGGCUGUCCCUCGAACCCUCAGUGUUACAGACAGUGAUGUUGUCCAGAACAUCGAUCAGCUCAAUGUGUCUGUUUGCGAUGGUGCAUCAGAUGUGGUGGUGUUGAGUGAGGAGCCCACAGAACUGAUCAUCAGUUCGGGAGCGUACCUCUACCUGCCUUGCCCAGUGAAGUCAUACCACGCAGUCUAUACAUGGAGCUAUAACAAGGAUAAGUUUACAUGCACCAUCAAGGAUGGGUCCUGCCCGCUGAUGUUCAAUGCGGAGGUCCCCGUGAGAAAGGGGCUCUUCAAGUGCACAGCCAUUGAAGAUGGGCUGCGGGAGGAACUUGCUGCCUAUAAAGUCACGCUGAAUAAUGGGAGCACAUUGGGGCUGGAGUGCACAGCUUUCAUUCUCAUUCUUACUGUGCUGUGCUACUUGCUGUAGAGUGGCAGAAGUUACAGUGUACCAGAACCUUAUUUUGAAUGUAUGCUCUUUCACCCUGGGGAAUGAAGUUGGCUUCUUGUCCAAAAUUAAAUUUAGUUUGAAUGCAUCAGCUGCAAUCUAUCUCUCCAAUACGUGGCCAUUUCAAACACUCCUAUCCCCAUUUCCUGCCCAGACACCAGACUCUCCCAGUGUCUGAUCAAAGGC